AUGAAAUUAAUGUUUUUUGUUGGAUUUGCUUGCGUGUCUGGUACGGCUUUUGCGUAUAAUUCGAGGAAAGAGGCUAAAAUAGGUACAAAAUUCACCAUAAGGCGUGGCAGUGCAGAAGACCUAAAAAUGCAGGAGAAAAUAGGAAGAAAGCGACUGGGAGACCUGGCCGAACAGCUGCUCGAGAAGUUGUUUAAAUUCAGCUGGCAAAUCAAACCAAUAUGCCAGCAGGUAAGAGACAUGUUCAUUGCUGAACAUCAAGGUUCUACCAGACAUAGACCACGAGCAUACUACGCAAGACCAGAUUCAACGCACAUCACGAAGUACCUGUUUGAGAAGGGGAAAAGCGAUCGAGAAGCACUCACAGAGAGCAUCGAAAAUGCAGUUAAAAAUAUCUGUAAUCCUAAAACGUACUACAUAACGAUAGACGGCAAUGAAUACGUCAAUUAUUGCUAUCCAUUACCUCGCAUUGAUUAUGUGAAAGGCUUCAAACUCGAUCACAAACUGGUUACCGAGGAAAUAAGGGAUUACGCGAUAUUUACACGUACAUUUGCAUUGACGAUGCUUAUAGGCGGUAUGGUAAGUGAUGAAUCAUUGUUGGCACAGCUCUCCGAGUACGAGCUUGAGAUCAAGGAUUUGGUUAAUCAAAUGGCACAGGAUCGAUCAUCAGAUUGUGAGAUUUUCGUGUCUGAAAAAAUGUUUGAUUCAUGUUACUUAUCAUACAGUUGGAUACUGGAGAUUUUCGACAGUAUGCGCUCCUUGUGUUCCAGCGAAAACAGUCGAUUAAAAGCCUUUAUCGGUAAAAUCAGAUCAACAGAAACUACCGACAAAGAAUUGCUGGGCUUGCUCUGCGUUGACGUUGAAAUGAACAGGCCCAGGGUUAAGGAAGUUCUUGCCAAACUUCGGAAUGAACACGGCGUGACUGCACAAUAGCAACCGAUACACCCGGAUCAAUGCAGCAAUUGCUCCGACAGAAAAUCUGUUUCGUUAAUUUCUAUGCCUGGCGCACCACCCCAACCACAGAACAACACGUGCUACGUGUAUUUACACCAAGUAGAAGUAAUUAAACGGUUCAACGUGAAGUUCAGCUGGGCAGUUGCUACUCUUAUGUAUCAGCUAGUACGUAAUAUUCCACUCUUUGUGCUAAAAACACGCCCAUUUGCUGUGUCGCAUGCAAUAUCUCAGAGCAAAUGCACUUUUUUCGUUGUGAAUGAUUUUUUCAUCUGUUUCGCUUUAUAGAAAUGCUCCAUGUACAAAAUCGCACGAACACAGUACGAUGUAUUGCAAUUUUGCAGUGGACCAGACAGGCUAACCUUAAUUUGUGCGAUGCCUCUUUUCUCAGCAACAACCUAAGGAAUCUGCUCGGAGCUUUCUAAAAUAAGGAUUUCUACAAGCUAGCACGGGUAGCGUAUUUUGGAUAGUUUUGAGCGGCUAUGGAAAUGUUGCAGUUUGGUGCUGCAGACCAAAUUGAGCUGAGCGUAUUCAGUCCGUUUAAUGUGUCCUCUGCAUCGCCAUGGAUGCAUUCAUAAAUUAAGCAAUGAAUUGCUGAUUUGAUUCCUUGGGAAAACCUGUUUUCUAAGAUUAGCAAAAAAAUGGCUAGUAAUAAAUACCUUAAGAUUUGGCACAGGAGCAUUUGCAAAAUACGAUUGGUAUGUAAAAUA